AUGGCACCUCAUGAGCCGCCGACUGGCACACCAGGUCGUUGGGAAGGCCCUCCAUCAACUAUGGCUGCACAAUUAAUCAAUAAUCUCUCUGCGAGAAAACAGUCUCGACAAGUCGAACAUGACUCUUUACAGUCACUCAUGACUGAAGUUUCCAGUCGAGAAAAUGAUUCAUCCGACUUCACGGAUCCCGAAGCUAUGCUUGAGCACAAACAUAAACUUCUAUAUGUUGUCGCAAAAGUAGUUUUAGAGAAACUCAACAAAGAUGACCCUUUUAUGAAUGUCCAAAACGUCAUUAACCAGGCUUGUGAAGCCCUCGAUGUUUUCAUUUCCACUGUCAAAGAUGUCCCAAAUAUACUUAAUUAUGUAUCCACCCCAGAUCGGCCACUCAAAUCACGCGGUCUAGAACCCUUCUGGAUAUGGUUGUUCCCACGGGUUCUUGCUUGUCUGGGUCGUCGGGAUUCUAGAAAGCUCACAGCAAAGAUUGAGGUUUUCUUUUCUACUUCAUUUGAGGUCGUCGCCAGAUCACCAAGACUUUGGGGUCUUAGUUCUAGCUUUUUUAUCUACCUUAAGGACAGUGUAACAUCUAUUCUCACCAUUUUUCAAACCCUUAGUCUUAUCACUCAUGGCUGGGAAAUGGAUUUCAUACUACCAUCUGAUCAAUUCAAGGUAUCGUCAUAUUCGUUUAGUAAUGAGGACGAUAUGAAUGAAACAUUUCUCCAAUGCACAUACAGAUUGCAUAAUAAAGCAGCCGCUAUGCAACAUGCCAUAUGCAUUUUAUCCAUCUUGGCAAAGGUGUCUAUUCAAACUGCAUCCUUUCAAGAUGCAACUCCUGCUUUCCAAGACUACCUAGCGUGGCUGUUUGAUUCGUUUCACGCAUCCUACGAGUUACAAAAGGUAUGGAUAUCUUCCGGGAAUUCAGCGCAAGAUUGCGAAUCUCCAGCGAUUUCUCUCUUCUGUGGCCUUCAGGCACUUUUAUCAUCGUUUCAGAAUUUGCUACCUGAGACUUUGGUUCGUAAGGGUUAUGCCUACCUCACAACUAUCGGGGCAGAUAUUAUCGUAAAUCCGUCAAAUAUUUCCGACAAGGAUGUUAAUCUUGCUUUCUGUCGGACUUUAUUGUAUUUGGCAAAUAUCUGCAAAAAUUACGAUUCGACAUGUAGAAUUGUCCGUUUUUCCCUACUCCCGAAGCUUCGCACCGUGCUCGAUGACGAAGAUGCGAGCAUUAUGGUCGGGAAUGAUUUCCAGAAUGCUGCAGCUACUUUGCUUUGGGCCUGUAGAUCAGCAGAGAAUUCUAGUCUUGGGCUCGUUUUACCUCAUGUAAACUUUGAUACUGAUUCUUUGAAUGCCGACCUUAAUCUUCUUGUGCUGAAGGACAUCAAAAGUCGAUCAACCCAAUCAGCUCCACCCAACAAACGUCGAAAAAUCCAUUCAGAAGAGGGCCUUUUGCAAGAAAUAAUUGCCAAGCUAUAUUCUCUCUUCGGUGACCAGGAGGUUUUAGAUAUGGAUGGGUUAUGCCAUCUAGCUGAGAAAUGUUUCGCGGGAUUGACUGAUCUUGACAGGUGCAAAGUUAUUGACUAUUUAUCUAUGAUACCAUGUGCCGCAUAUGGCUCAUUAACAGUCACUCGAGACAAAUUUGAAAACAUAGUAUCGUCUCAAUGUUUUAUCUGUCAAAAGCUUCCCCCCAGAGCCACAGCAUUAGACGAAGAUGCAUGCCAAAAAACCGGCAGCGAAGCAAUUUUGAUUCUUACUACGCUGAUCAAGUCUCCCGCCUUCCACGAGUCACGACGAUCGAGGGUCCUUGCAAUGAUAGCCGUUAAGGCCUUUGCCAUACAUUUUCGAGACGAGGAAUUUCUCAACCUGGAAACCUCUGCAGUGGGACAGUGGUGCUUAAAAUCUCUUCAAAGUUCCAUGCGUGAAUUGAGAAUCGCUGCAGGUCGCACAAUACCAGAAUUUCUUCAAGAAGAAAGGGCCCCAAAGAAUCUUAUCCUAAAGAAUAGAACAAAUGUGCUCAUUAUAUUACGUGAUCUGUGCGAGAAGCCAACUCUUCAUUGGCAAGAGACAUGUGUUCUUGCUUGGGGUCAACUUGCAAGGGUCUUGAUUGAUGGCGAACUGAAUAUUGUUCUUUUGAAGCUUGUUGAAUAUUUAGGACAUUCGAAUGCAAUCGUGUCGAACGCGGCCUACAAUGAAAUAUUGAAAUUGGCGAAUCGAAACGGAACUGGUGACAAGCCUGUCGAGCGGUUAUUUAGUCCUUUCUGGGAUAGUAUUGCCAUUGCUGCUGUGAAGGAACUGCUUAGCCGACCACAAACUGCUCAGCUAAUGGCAGAUUUAUUAGAGAUUACAGUCUCCGAAUUUCUUAUCCUCACACAAGCAUACACUCUGCCAUGGCUAGUGCUAUGGCGCGAUGGAAAGACUAUCAAAAAGAUUGCUUCAGCUCGGAACGAGGAAUCUUGGCGAGUAUGCACGGACACUGCCAACAUUGUUCAUAUUAUGGCUUUGUUGCUGGUGCAGGAUGUUCAAAAUAUUGAAAGCCACACAAUGUCUGUACUGAAAUUUGUCUCUUCAGACUUCGAGAAACGAGGACUGGACUUUGAAUUUCUUUUAAAGAUGGAUCCUUCGAGCACUUUUCUUCACCUUCUCAAGGUGGCCGGGUAUGCGGACAACAGUAGAAAAUCAAGGAUCCGACUUGCUUUGCAAUUUCUUGUCGAGAACGUUCAAAGCCCAGAUCAAAUCCGCAAGAAGAACAACCCGAUGGCGGCAUUUUUAGAGCAGCACAACCUUGGCCUCGUCACUCGCAUAUCAGAAGUCGUGAAUGAUACUAGGGAUGAACAUUCGAGCUUCGAGAAGAAACGAAACGUGAAAGCGAUUGAGGAGAUGGUGACAAUUGGCAAGACCUACACUGGAGCUGCUCGACCACAAAUAUGUGCCUGCCUACAGUCCGCCCUGGCCCAGAAAGACCUUCAAGCCUCAGCCUUUUCAGCCUGGUCAGCUAUGCUUCGAUAUCUCGGUGAUGAUGACGUACAAUGGAUGCUUGAAAGCACAUUUGUUACUAUAAUACAGUACUGGGAAUCUUUUGACGACUCUACCAAAAAAGCAGCAGAGGAAAUCUUGCAAUACCUUUUGAAAGAGCGCGCCCGUCUUAUUCGAAAUAGAAUAGUCGAGCUACCAUCCCUCUCCAGCCUCCCGCAACUUCGUGAUGUAGAGCACAAGCUUAAUACCAUGAGGAGACCGACAGAUGUCAGUAAUGCAUUUCAAAUAUUUAGCCGUCGAAUUCAACAUGAAACAGCUGGAGUUGUCGCACAGGCUUUGUCAGAAUUAAAAGUCUUACUUCAAAAGCAGCAGUCCUACCUUCAGGCGUCAGCUCUUUCGGGAGAAUGUAUCGGUUUGAUAGGCUGUCUUGAUCCCAACAGGGUUGAAGCCGUUAGGGAUCAACGAGAAAUGGUGGUUGUCAUGAAUUUUCAUGACCCUGAGGAAACUACAGAUUUUCUUUUGUUCCUCUUAGAAGAGGUUAUCAUCAAGGCAUUUCUAUCUGCGACCGAUACAACGCUACAGGGAUUCUUAUCUUUCGUUAUGCAGGAAUUAUUGUCGAAGGGUGGGUUCGCAGACGUCUGCGCACCAACUUUGAGGGGUGCCCAUAAGGAUCCGAACAAUCCCCUUUGCAAAAAGUGGGAGUCUCUUCCAGAAAGUGUCCAGGCAACCCUUACACCUUUCCUCAGCUCGAUGUUCUCGAUAUUGAAAAUGGAAGUUCCAACUACCACAUAUCCCAUAUUUCGACCUGACAGUUCUCAGCCCAACAGGAUCAAUAAGUACAAUAAUUGGCUGAAAACAUUCGUUCUUGAUCUUUUACAGAAACCCAAAAAUCCCAACGCAGAAUUGAUCUUUCCUCCUUUGUGUCGAGCUAUUCGAAUCAAAGACCUCUCUGUUGCAAGUUUUCUCUUGCCAUACUUAAUUUUACAUAUAGUUAUAGAAGGGGACGACAAAGAGAGAGGAAACAUUGGUGCAGAAUUACUUGGAAUUUUAGAGUAUCAGCCGACUUCAACAUCACAUGUUAAGCAAGAAGAAUUAAGGCUAUGCAGCGAAGCCGUUUUUCGAGUCCUCGAUUAUCUUUCCCGCUGGAUACAAGCGAAGCAGAUGAUAGUGCAUCGAGAAAUACGAGCUGGCAUUCCCGGUGGUUUGGAGCAGAUUGAAAAAGUGACCAGGCUUAUCGAAAGUAUUCCUGCUGAAAUUGUUUCAGCUCGUGCUAUACAAUGUAAGUCAUACUCUAGAGCUUUGUUCAAUUGGGAGCAGCACAUACGUCAUGUUCGUGAAACGAAGAAGCAGGAUGCUUCGAGAGAAAUUUCAGAUCUAGAGCGAUUACAGGAGAUAUACACCCAGAUAGAUGAGCCUGAUGGUAUUGAAGGAAUAUCGGCACAUCUACAUGUGUUGGAUAUUGACCAAAUAGUUCUCGGCCAUCGCAAAGCAGGACGCUGGACAGCUGCCCAAGGGUGGUAUGAGAUUAAGCUUGCAGAAGACCCUGAAGACGUAGACGUUCAGCUCAAUCUUCUUACAUGCUUGAAGGAGUCCGGGCAGCAUGAUGUUCUACUUAAUUAUGUCGAAGGUAUGCAUACUGCCACCAAAACAGUAGGAAAGCUAUUGCCCUUUGCCACCGAGGCUUCUUGGGCAACGGGGAGGUGGGCUGCGUUGCAAAAAUAUACGUCAAUUGCUGGUCGAGAUUUGGAAGAAGACUUUAACGUCAGCAUUGGCAAAGCAUUGCUAGCUUUACACGAGAAAGAGACGACGAGAUUUGUUUCGUCCAUUGAGGAUCUCAGAGAGCAGAUUACUUGCUCCUUAUCAAGAGCUACUACAUCAUCGAUUGCAUCUUGCCACGAUCCGAUGCUAAAGCUCCAUGUGCUCACCGAGUUAGAAAUGAUUGCUGGUGUCGAUCACACUGAACCAAUAUCAAGGGGAGAGCUCCUUGAAUCACUCGAUCGCCGUCUUGAAACAAUUGGUGGUUAUUUAAAUGACAAGCAAUAUUUAUUGGGCAUAAGGAGAGCCGCCAUGCAAUUAUCUAGUCUUGAAUUUACGAAAGGAGAUCUCGCUUCUGCCUGGUUGACUAGUGCGCGCCUUGCUAGAAAAGGAAAUGCAAUUCAUCAAUCUUUCAACGCUGUACUUCAUGCCUCACAGCUCGGUGAUGACUCGGCCAAAAUAGAACAUGCACGACUUUUAUGGAAAGAAGAACAGCAUCGAAAAGCGAUUCAAAGUCUUCAGGGAGCAAUUGAUAGUAAUGCUUUUAUAUCUCAUAAUGAGAUAAACAAAGCAUCUCUAGGAAGUGCUGAUAAUACACAUCGGAAACAGCAGCAGAAUCUCCUCGAAGCAAGGGCUAAUCUUCUACUCGCAAAGUGGCUUGACCUUGCUGGCCAAACAAACUCAUCCGCCCUACGGGCCCAAUAUCAACUAGCUGCAAAGACCCAUAAUGCAUGGGAGAAGGGUCAUUAUUAUCUAGGGCGUCACUAUAACAAGUUGUUAGAAUCAUCCAGUAACUUACCAUUCGAAAGACAAGAUGACAACUAUCUUUCUGGCGAGACCGCGUCGCUAGUGAUUUCAAACUACCUACGUUCGUUAACUCAUGGCACCAAGUAUGUUCACCAAACUCUACCUCGGAUAUUAACACUUUGGUUGGAUCUUGGAACGCAGCUCAGUCAAAAGAUUGACCCAAAGCGUCAUUCUCAAGAGUUUGUCAGCAAGAUGACUCAAUUACGAAAGAAAACGUUAGAUGAUCUUCACAUUCGAUUCAAAAAAUACAUCUCCAAAAUGCCGGCCUACAUAUUCUACACAGCUUUGCCACAGAUUGUAUCAAGAAUUACACAUCCACACAAGGAGGUGAAUUACUACCUUCAGCUGAUUAUGCUAAAAGUUGUAUCGGCACAUCCACAGCAAUCACUUUGGAGUGUGUUGGCUUUAAGUACUUCAACGCAACUGGAUCGUCGAACUAAGGGAACGGAACUACUCGCAAAAUUGCCAAGCAUGUCUGCGAAGGCCGAUCACAAUUCCAUAGACAUCAAGGCUCUAAUCAGAAACGGACAAGCUCUUACUGCUGAAAUUUUAAGGCUUUGCGAAGCUGGAGAUUUCAAAGAAUCUAGGGUAUUCAGAUCCAGUUUAUCUAAAGAUCUACAGUUUAAACAGAAGGUCUUACCAAGUGCCCUUGCUUGCCCAGUGGAAGCCGCUUUGACAGCGAGCCUGCCGACUCUCACCGAUAAGGUGGUAACACACAAAGCUUUCUCUCGUGAUGUCAUCACAAUCAACUCUUUUGAAGAUGACGUGUUGGUAUUAAAUUCUUUGGCGAAACCCAAGCGAGUGAGAGCUCUGGCCUCGAAUGGACAACACUAUGGUCUCCUUUUCAAACCGAAGGAUGACCUUCGUAUGGAUCAGCGUCUUCAAGAAUUCAAUGGCAUGAUGAAUAGGUCUCUGAAGCGUGAUGCGGAAUCAAGUAGACGCCAAUUGUAUGUCAAGACAUAUGCUGUGACACCUUUGAAUGAGGAAUGUGGGAUCAUAGAAUGGAUAGAAGGACUUCAAACACUUCGCAAAAUACUUACGGAUUUAUACGGAGCGCAGGGGAAACGAAUCAAUUAUGCGGAACUUGGUAUGUAUUGCGAGGAAGCAAUGAAAAGCGAGAAGCACCUCCCAUUCUUCACGGAAAAGGUUCUUGGCGAAUUUAAACCUGUAUUUCACAAAUGGUUUGUCAAGCAAUUUCCCGAGCCCUCAGCCUGGUUUUCUGCUAGACUUCGCUAUACUCGGUCAUGUGCUGUUAUGUCUAUGGUUGGUACAAUUCUAGGUCUAGGAGAUCGCCAUACAGAAAAUAUACUUUUUGAGGAAGGAAACGGAGGAACCUUUCACGUAGAUUUCAAUUGUCUCUUUGAGAAGGGUAAAACCUUUGCAAAGCCAGAACAAGUUCCUUUCCGCUUAACUCAUAACUUGGUCGACGCAAUGGGUAUGUACGGCUACGAAGGUCCCUUCCGCAAAUCCUCGGAACUUACAAUAAAGCUACUACGCCAGCACGAAGAAACUCUGAUGACAAUUCUUGAAGCUUUCAUCUAUGAUCCCACACUCGAUCUCAUGAAAAAAGUCGAUAAGAAGAAGAGAGAGAUAGCAAAUGAAGGGAUGCUGAGUGCGCAAAAGGUUUUAGAUGUUAUUCAGCGAAAGGUGAAGGGACUGUUACCUGGGGAAAGUGUGCCGCUUAGUGUGGAGGGCUGCGUUGACGAGUUGAUUAAACAAGCCACAGAUCCGAGAAGACUGACGGCUAUGUAUAUUGGGUGGUCUGCGUUCUUUUAA